AUGAAUGAUUUAGAUGAUAACAAAAUUACCUUCUCAUUUGAUAAGAGAGAUGAUCAAAAUUUUUUCCUAGCAUUUGCAAAGACUUUAUCCCGAAUAUUCACAAAAGUUCAGUAAGGAGGAAUUCUAGUAUUUCUUCCAUCUUAUACAGUAUUGAAAAAAGUUCAUAAAGUUUGGAGAGCUCAUAAACUCUUUAAGGAACUGUUCAAGGAUAGAGAGAUAUAUAUAGAGCCUUAAGAUUAAGUUAAAAAUAAUGCUUUGUUGGUUGAAUACAAAAACAGUAUCAAAGCAAAAGGUAAGGCUGUAUUUAUUGCUGUUUGCCGAGGUAAAUUAUCAGAGGGAAUAGAUUUUACAGACAAUGUAGCUAGAUUAGUUAUAAUGGCUGGAAUUCCUUAUCCAUAGAUUUACGAUCCAAGAGUGAUAACGAAAAAAGAUUAUUUGGACAGAAAAUAUGCUUAGCAAAAAUCAUAAAUUAAUGGGAAUAUGUGGUACAAAUUAUAAGCAUGCAGAGCUAUAAAUUAGGCGAUAGGCAGAGUAAUCAGGCACGUAAAUGAUUUUGGAGCUAUAAUUUUAAUGGAUGAAAGAUAUAAGUCGCAUAACAUUGAAAUAUCGAAAUGGCUUAAUCAAAGAAAACAAUUUUAUUCCUAUUUGCCAGAAUUAGAAAGUGAUCUAGAAAGGUUUUUUAUUGCUAAUGGUUGUUCAAUGGAGCCAUUAAAGCAGGAUGAAAUAAAAUUUAAGCAGGGAAGAAAGAGAUCUUCUAAGGCGAAUUCAAAGCUUGUUAUAAAAAGUAAUAAAGGGACUCCAAAUUCAAACCUGUAAUCAAUGCAGAUUAAAUAUGAGUAUGACAUGCCAAAUUUAUAGAACUUUGACUCUGAAACGAGUUCUCCAGAUAAACUUCAAUCCUCUACAGUCAAGACAGAAGCUGAAUAGUUACAGGAGAGAAUGACUAUAAUGAGCUCAAUAGUUUCAACUGGAUUUCAAAAGGCAAGUGGAAAUAUGGCGAAUGCAAGAUUAAAAUAAGAGGGCAAUAGACUUUACAGGGAUGAUUAUGAUCAAGGGGAGUUUUUUGCAGAGAAGCUAGAAUUCGAUGGAGAACCUAAGCAAGCUAAUAAUCAGCAAAAGAAUUUCGAAAAAAGGAGUGAACCUAUAAUAUAUGCGAAUAAUCAAAUGACUCUUGAUCAUUUGACUGUAAGUCCCAAUAAGUAUAUCAAAUCAGAUACUGGUGAUACAGGUUAGAAUAUUCAAAAAAUAACUCCUCCAAGGAAAAUCUUGAUUGAAGGAAUAAAAAGGACAAGUUAAUUGACUACUAAAGGCUAUUAAAAAAGGCCAUAUAAAAGAAACAAUAAUGCAACUUCAAAUGAAGAUGAUUCUAACUAAUUGUACACCGAAACUAAAUACAGACUUGACAAUGGCCAGAAUACGAAUUAAUGA